AUGUUUCGUGGUGGCGCCACGCAAAUAUAUAUAGCGGAAAACACCAGAACACACAAUGUACAAGCGAGACUACUUGAAUGCAGUCCCUUACUCGACAAAAUAAUGACAUCCUCACGCAGUAAAUUCGCUGCGUUCGAAAAGAAAGACAUAGUCUACACCACAGUCGCGCAGCACCAAAUCCAGGCCUCGGUCUUGACGCCCCGACGCGCAGCCGAUGAUAUCAGCCCUAAACGGGCCCCUACCACCGCCCCCGUCCUGGUCUACUGGCACGGAGGUGGAUUCAUUGUUGGGGACCGCCUAUACGAACCAUGGUGGCCAGUCUGGCUACUCGAGUUUGCUCUAGCUAAAGGCGCCAUGAUCAUCGCCCCGGAUUAUCGUCUCCUGCCUGAGGCGACGGGCGCAGACAUCAUGGACGACAUGCACGCCUUCUGGAACUGGUUUCUACACUCCCUACCUGGUAUUGCCGCAUCAGACUGUUGGGACCACUGGCCUGACGUCCACCGCGUCAUCUCUGCUGGGCACAGCGCAGGGGGGAGCCUCGCGUUGCAUUCCGCGAUGCAGCGUCCGGACGUCCCUGUCAGAGCAGUCCUAUCUCUAUACGGUCCAUUGUACUACGAUGUGCCCGAGUUGCGGACAGCGCGGCCAAGGCCAAUUCUAGGGGUUAUGCCGCCGCCGCCGCGUCAAGCGGAGGGGAUCAUCCGGACGUAUGUUCAGCGGACGAAGGGUACGGUGCGGACUGCCGGGGAUGUCCUGGAGAUGUGGGGGCUUGUCGCUUGUAUUCUGCAGCAGGGCCGAUUGCCGCGGAUGAUGAUGGCAAGGCCUGACCCAAGACUUGAUGCCCUGGCGGUUAUUGAGAGGAGGAAAUGGUGUCCGCCGAUUUGGGUGGUUCAUGGGGAGAGUGAUUCAGUGGUUCCUGCUAGUUGUUCAAUCGAAUUUGUCCGACGCGUAGAGCAGAUCGUGCCGGGGGUGCAGAAGAGACUGUCGGUGCUGCCUGGGGAGCAUAAUUUUGAUGCGUCGCUGGCUAUGGAGGAGCCUUGGAUAACGGACGGGUGCACCUUUCUUGAGAAUCACUGGAACGAAUAG